AUGUCCGCUUUCUGCCUAGACCUGCAGACGUCCGCCGUGGUUUCAGCACCACUGGAGCUGGACAGCGACUGCAUGGAGCCCCGGGCCAGCCCUGCAGCUCAGGAGCCGGGCGGCUUUCAGGGUCACCCGUUGCGGCACACCGGCUCCGGAGGCCUCGGCAUGGCCUUAGAGGAGGAACUGGCCAUGCUUACCGGGGAGCGGGACGACGAGAAGCAGCUGUCGGACCUAGAGACGCCUGCAGACUUGUUGUCGCUCUUCCGUCAAAAGGAAAAAGACUUGGUUUUAGCUGCUAAACUCGGCAAAGCGCUGCUCGAGAGAAACCAAGACUUGACCAAGCAAUAUGAGAAAAUGCACAAAGAUCUCAACGAGAAAUUAGAGCACUUGGAGCAGGAGAAGCACGAGUUGCGUCGGCGUCUGGAAAGUCGAGAGGGGGAGUGGGAGGGCCGUGUGGCCGAGCUGGAGACGGACGUCCAGCAGCUGCAGGGUGAGCUGGAGCGCCACCAGGUCCAGCUGAGGGAGGCCGACAGAGACAAGACCAAGGCCAUCAGUGAGCUCUCUGAACAGAACCAUAGACUGCUGGAGCAACUCAGUAGGGCUGCGGAGGUGGAGAGGCAGCUGUCCACUCAGGUCCAUUCAUUACGGGACGACUUCAGGGAGAAGAGUAUGUCUACAAGCCAGCACAUGACACGACUAGAGACUCUACAGGCUGAGCAAGGGCUAGAAAUUCAGAUGCUGUCGGAGAGGAAGAUGGAGCUGGAACGUCGGGUGCACGCCAUGCUGGAGGAGAACGAGCUGCUGCAAAAUACAGUGGAGGACCUCAGAGAGAGGACGCUAGUGUUGGAGAGGCAGAGUCACGAGAAGGAUCUACAGUUACGGCAGAGCCAGCUGGAGCUCCAGGAGGUACAGAUGUCCCACCGGCAGCUGACUGCCCGGCUGGAGGAGCUGACGGAGGAGCACAGCCUCCAAAGCCUCACCCCGCACCCGUCCAGCCUCCUGUGUGAGAUAGAACAGAGCAUGGAGCAGGAGGAGCAGGAGCAGGAGAGAGAGCAGCUGCGUAUUCAGCUGUGGGAGGCUUACUGUGAAGUCCGCUCACUCUGCUCCCAUCUCCGGGGAAACGACGUCACAGACUCGGCGCUGUCCACUGACUCUUCCAUGGACGAAUCCUCGGAGACGUCCUCAGCCAAGGAUGUGCCUACAGGGAGCCUCCACACCAGCCUGCUAGAACUACGGAGGCUAACGCAAAAUCUGCUGGAUGGCAACGAGUCUACGGGCUCGCGGCGCAGUGAUGAGGAGGCUCUGGAGGAGCAGGUGAGGAAGCUGGGAGAGGAGCUGAGGGAAGUCAGAGAGCUGUACGAGGCUGAGCAGGACAAAGCACGCAGCAGUGAAGAGGAGGUGCUACAGCUGCACAAUCAGAUGGCGCUGCUGUCUGUAGAGAUGUGCUCUCUCCGGGAGGAGAACGAGCGGAUGAAGACGAUGGCUGAAAUACGAGAACCCAGCGAGCAGCUCCAGAGUGCUAUUAGAGACAGAGAUGACGCCAUAGCCAAGAAGAAAGCGGUGGAGAUGGAGCUGGCCAAAUGUAAAAUAGACAUCAUGUCUCUGAACAGCCAGCUCUUGGACGCCAUCCAGCAGAAGCUCAACCUGUCGCAGCAGCUGGAGGCUUGGCAGCCAGGAUGAGUGGCGCUCGGCACCUUCCUCGCUGUCGGGGUCGUCGAGGGCCCAUGGCGGUACGUCCUCCAGACGAGCUCACCGCAUCUCCGACCGGGACAAGAGACUUUUCUCUUUUUUCAAAAAGAGCUGAGGCCCAUUGGACUGGCCCUGAGCAUGGCAGACAGACAGAGACAGACGAGGCGAGGGAGACGGAGGGAGUGACAUCACAGUUACAGGGGGUAACAACAGCCAAAGAUGGGCAGUGGCAUACACUGAGGUUUUUUGAGGGGGGGGGGGGGGGGGUCAUUUUGCACUUUAUCUGUCCCAUUACUCUUCUCUUCACUGAUUAAUUGGUGACUGCUGACAAUGAGAGAUAGAAAUAUAAGAAUAGGACUUCCCCAGAGGCUUUGGCUUUAGCCCUUCUUAUAGAAAGCUAUCAGUCUUACAGAAUGUGAACAGGGUCACAAAGUUUACCUCCAAAGAGGAAGGGUUCCUUGUAGUGCCUACAACCAUCUCUACUAGCCCACUGCCAACUCUGUAGAGAGGGAACAUAUGUUAUGUACAAACUGUAUGCAUCCCAGUUAUCAGGCCAAGGAGUCUGGGGAAAGACAGGUGUAUGUAUGGGACACUGUUGGAUUGAGGGAAAAAGAUGAGGAUAGCAGGACAGAGCUCUACGUCAGACAUAGCAGCAUGGGAACCCUCCUCCGGGUACAGAGCAGUGAUGCUGCAGCCAGCCAUGUGUGAUCUCUCAGGUUUAUUCAUUUGUUCAGGAGUCGUCCACAACAUGAGGCAACCACAUGAUGUAGGAGGCCCACAGUGUGCUGUAUAUCUGACAAAACAAAUGACAAGAAGAAUGCUUAUUUUCUUACUGACAGGCGUGCAGGUUCUUCAUUUUACAGUGAGGAUUUACCCCAAGCCCAAACUUACAAUCAAAAAGAGAA